GGUACUAGCGAAUCUUCCCUUCGAUGGUUCCUAUUCGGGCUCAUACGUGGACAUACCCCACAGCCAAGUAGUAACCCAAGAUGCCGAUUGAUAUCAACCGUUUGCGCCCUGAGCGUGGCGGCGACCCGGACGCCGUGCGCGCUGACCAGAAGAAGCGCUCGCUGGACGUGGACAUCGUGAACAAGGUGAUCGAGCUGGACGAGCAAUGGCGUAAGAAGCAGGGCGAGGUGGAGACCAUCAGCAUGAAGAUGAACGCUCUGCAGCAAGAGAUUAAGAAGCUCAGCAAGGCCAAGGAGGACUUCAAGGCUCUCAGCGAUGAGCGUAAGGCACUGGCCGCUUCGCUUCCUGAGAAGAAGAAGGAGGCCGACGCCCUCAAGGAGCUCGUGGACAAGGAGCUGCCCAAGAUCGGCAACACCGUGGACCCCACCGUGCCCAUCUCAAACAACGAGGACGACAACGUGGUGGUUAAGACGUGGGGUACGCCCCUCCAGAAGGAUGGACUGCACUUCCACCACGAGGUUCUGCACCGUAUCGACGGCUACGAGCCCGAGCGCGGCGUGCAGGUGGCUGGUCACCGUGCGUACUUCCUCACGGGCUACGGUUUCCUGCUUGAACAGGCGCUCAUGGCCUACGCCACGGCCUUUUUGAUGAAGGCUCAGUACAAGAUGCUCAAGCCCCCUUUCUUCAUGAACAAGGAAGGCAUGGCCGCUGUCGCGCAACUCGACGACUUCGACGAGCAGCUGUACAAGGUCAUUGGCGAGGACGAAAAGUACCUCAUUGCUACGUCUGAGCAGCCCAUUUGCGGCUAUCACAAGGGCGAGUGGCUCACGGAGAGCUCGCUGCCUCUUCGCUACGGUGGCUUCUCCACCUGCUUCCGUAAGGAGGCCGGCUCGCACGGCAAGGACACGUGGGGUAUCUUCCGCGUGCACCAGUUCGACAAGAUGGAGCAGUUCUGCAUCACGGACCCGGAGAGCUCGGCUGCUAUGCACGAGGAGAUGCUGCGUCACGCUGAGGAGUUCUACCAGUCGCUUAACCUGCCCUACCGUGUGGUGAACAUCGUGUCGGGUGAGCUUAACAACGCCGCUGUCAAGAAGUACGACCUGGAGGCGUGGUUCCCUGCCUACAAGGAGUACCGUGAGCUUGUGUCGGCCUCCAACUGCACGGACUUCCAGUCGCGUGCCAUGGAGAUUCGCUGUGGCGUCAAGAAGGAAAAUCAGCGCGAGAAGAAGUACGUGCACAUGCUCAACUCGACGCUCUGCGCUUCCACGCGUACGGUCUGCUGCAUCCUAGAGAACUUCCAGGACGAGAAUGGUGUCAAGGUCCCGGAGGUGCUGGUGCCGUUCAUGGGUGGCGUCACUUACCUGCCUUUCACUCGCGAAGUCAAGGUGAACGUGCAGGCUGCUAAGAUGCAGAAGGCUGCCAAAAAGAAAGGUGGUAAGCAGUAAGCGUAUCCAGGUAUCGUGUAGAUAACGAGUAACCAGACGCGAUCUCGCCAACUGCACAACACGUUGUCAUUGCGCAUGAACUCUUCUCUUCUCGUCUUUUGUGGUUCCUGAGAGCUCUUCAGGUUGUGCAUUUAACAUGUGAGGUUUUCAAUUAGCUGUUUGAUUCUCUAAGCGCUGGUUGUAUUGUUCAGCAGUUGCUGCCAGAUCGAGACACGGCAACGGUAAUUCCAAACACGAAGUACCGAGCCGCCUCCACCAAUAUCCCCAGAGUCACCAAAGGAUCAUCGUGGCCGAACAUCGUCUUUCCUCAAUGAGUACAUCCUGAGUUUGCGAUUGAUUUUUCGUGCAGCCCCAAGGAUAUCCUAAUUCAGAUCGCGUCUUGGUAAUCAGUUCUCGUUAUGGGGGAGUCAAUCUUACAGCCGGUAGACCUACGAUUUAGCUCCUUUCUUGAAGAAAAGCGGCGGAGGAAGUUCUCGCGGGAAUAACAGUUCGUCGUUAAUAACGUCGGCGCGCAUGUUUCGCUGAGAGUUUGGGUCUCGAAUGAGUCUAUGAUGAAUGUGCUGUGGACUCGACGCAUCCUUUCGAGCUGAACUUCUCCUGUAGUAUAAUAUGUGCUCGCCAAUGCCAGGAUUCUUGGUUCUCGUCUUUGCCAAUUUUCCUUUUCCGGCGUCACCACAUUUGUUGCUAGAAUUUCGCAAGUUCAGCGAUACUAUACUCGACUCGUUCGCAUCCUCAACGAGCAUAUCUUCAUCACAUUGGACGCUCGAAUCCUGUUUCUCGACUUCCUUGUCUACUUUCAUGACUUUGUCUUCAGCUGUAUCCGACGCUGUGGCGUGGUUCUCGUUCAACUCAUUUUCGUCUACAUUUUCGGUAGUCGCCGGUUCCGCCGUCGUCUCCUUCUCCAUGAGUAGACUUGGCGGCUG